CGCGACGGUCAGUUCCCCGGAUGAAGGUUGAGCGUGAUUAUGGCGCAGAGAGCACGAGCAGCGCGCUCGUGCGGGGUUCUGUGACUGAUAUACGCGGACUUAGCUCGCUUAAGCUAACUUUACACACAAUAAACUUCACCUACCCCAUGAAGUUUAUUUCUCUACGGUCACACUUCUCACUACAGGUUUGAUGCUUUGCUGCAGCCAUGUUCAGCAAGAAGAAAAAGUCACGCGUCCAGAUCUCGGCCCCCUCCAACUUUGAGCAUCGCGUUCACACUGAUUUUGAUGAGCAGGAGCAGAAAUUUGUGGGGCUUCCGCGCCAAUGGCAGAGCCUCAUUGAGGACACGGCCAAGAGGCCCAAACCUUUCAUCGACGCCACAGUCAUCACUACUGUAGACCCACGCAAGGAAAUUGUACGAGGUCGUAAGAUCGGCGAUGAUGGCUCUCUCACAUGGCUUCUUGAUGAGUUUGAGACUAUGUCAGUGAUCCGCUCGAACUCCCUGCGGAGAGGCAGUCCACCACCGCGCCGAGACUCCGGAUCUUCAGGAGGGGGCAAUGAGAACGGAGAACACCCUCAAUACAGACACCCUGAUCGAUACGGAGAUGGCAAAGAGAGGGAGAAACCACGUCAGGAGCACCCAGGUGCUGAUCCCAGACACUCUCAGCGCACAGCCCGUUCAUCCAGAGAGGAUGGCCGACCUCACCAGCAGCCUCGUGGUCAGGAGCCCAGCAGACACAAAGAGCCCGACUGGUCAGGAGGGCCAGCCCCACAGUCCCAGCACAGAGACAGAGAGCCGCGUGAUUAUCAUGAUCAGGUGGUAAGGCGAGAGGGGGCCAAUGAUAAGAGGCCCAAAUCUAGCUACACUGGGAGGGACAGCAGCCCACAAUCACCUCGUGAGAAGAGACCACUGUCUGGGCCAAAUAUCCGCACCCCUAACUUACCUGUUACAGAGGGAGUGAUAAAGACCGCACAGCAGACUGGCCGACCCUUCAACACGUACCCACGAUCUGAAAGUGACUCUGGGAGAAGCCCCAGUGGUCAGGAUUUAAAACCAGUAAAGUCUCAUGAGCCUUCCCACCACAACGGUCCUUCUACUGGGGCAGUCCGGGGAGGAAACAGUGGCAGUAAAAGUGCUUCUCAGGGGCAGCACAGAGCAGAGCCACAGCAUCACGCCUCCCACCCGGCCUUAGGUCCCGAGCCCCCUCACAGUCAGCAGAGACCGCCAGCACCAAAACCGCCAGGCCCAGCUGCACCGCCACAGCAGACGCACUCACCUCAAAGGGAGCCGCAGCGGGUGUCCCACGAGCAGUUCCGUGCUGCCCUGCAGAUGGUGGUUGACCCUGGGGACCCUCGCACUUAUCUGGACCACUACAUCAAGAUCGGGGAAGGUUCCACCGGCAUUGUUUGCAUUGCUACAGUGAAGACCACAGGCAAGCUGGUGGCUGUGAAGAAGAUGGAUCUGCGAAAACAACAGCGACGAGAAUUGCUGUUUAACGAGGUGGUGAUCAUGAGGGACUAUCACCAUGAGAACGUGGUGGAGAUGUACAACAGUUACUUAGUAGGCGAUGAACUCUGGGUUGUCAUGGAGUUCCUUGAGGGUGGAGCUUUGACUGACAUAGUCACACAUACCAGGAUGAAUGAGGAGCAGAUUGCCACCGUGUGUCUGUCUGUUCUGAAAGCUCUCUCGGUCCUUCACUCCCAGGGAGUCAUUCACAGAGACAUUAAAAGUGAUUCUAUUCUUCUCACCCAUGAUGGCAGGGUGAAGCUGUCAGACUUUGGCUUUUGUGCCCAGGUCUCAAAAGACGUGCAGCGCAGGAAGUCUCUUGUAGGAACUCCCUACUGGAUGGCCCCUGAGCUCAUCUCAAGACUCCCAUAUGGACCAGAGGUGGAUAUUUGGUCACUUGGAAUUAUGGUAAUUGAAAUGGUGGAUGGAGAGCCGCCGUACUUCAAUGAGCCUCCGCUUAAGGCCAUGAAGAUGAUCCGAGACAAUUUGCCACCCAAGCUAAAAAACCUUCACAAGGUCUCGCCGCUUCUCAAGGGAUUCUUGGACAGGAUGCUCGUGCGAGAUCCUGCCCAGAGGGCCACAGCUCAAGAGCUGCUUAAGCAUCCCUUCCUGAGUAAAGCGGGCCCUCCCUCUUGCAUUGUUCCCCUCAUGAGACAAAAUCGCACGAGUUGAGAAGAGAAAUCGGGAUGGGAUCUGUCAGGCCCUCUGAGCUCAAAGAAAAGACCCAUAAGAGUCCAUACUCUGCAGUUUAAACAUCUGAAAUGAUUGUGCAAGUCAAGACUUUUAGGAGAAAAGUCCAUUGAUGCUAUGGACAUUAAGAGGGUUUUUCCCCCAAACAUUUUUACCACUGUUUUUAUUACACUAUAGAAUGAUUAGAUCCUUCACAGUGUUCUGCUAGAAGAGGUUCUCCUCUCUGGCUAAUUCAGGAACACAUAAUGUGUUAUCUAGUUGGUUUCAUGCUUGAUCUCUAAGAUCAUGCCUUUGGGUGAACUGAGUUAAUGAGGUUUAGACAUUAUGAAAAUGAACCACUUGGAGAUUCUAAUCUGCCCUCAGUGUAAAGCAACAAUUUUAUGGAUUUGUUCCAAACCUUAUGCUUUUUUCCCCUGCACUUCAUCUUUUGCACCAUUACCACACUACUCAAUGCAUUUUUAACAGGAAAACAACUACUGAAGAAAACAUUUUACUUAAGAAAAAGAAAAAAAGGAAAGAAAGAUGAAACUCUAGGCUCCUGUUACAACACUAAGCAAUGGUAAACACUGGAGGUGUUUUUUUUCUUUUUUCAGACCAUUUUUAAUUUUGUUUUAAUGAAAGUAGAGCGUUAUAUUGGUUUUUAUAUUGCGUUUUGAGUACCAGAGUGAUGUUUUAAACCGUUCUGAGAUUGAGGUGCACUCCAAUAUGAAACUUCCUCCUUUUGAUUCAUUGUUCCUCAUUUUUAUAUAAUAAAGGGGGGAAGGGUUGGAUGUAGGUUUUUUUUUUUUUCUCUUUCAAAACUUUCACCACGGCGCUGCACCACAUUAGCAUGAGUUGUUUUUAAUGUAGGGCAGCCAGUCCUUUCGUGUGCACACAAAUCCUCUAGCUAAGUAGCUUGCGUCUUUGAAGUAUCGUGGCCUUUCUCUGAAGGACUCAUUGUGGUUGGUUUUGUCUGAGAGAUGUUGAACUAUACGAAUGUAUAGCUGAGCGUUACGAAUGCUCUACUUUAUGAGAGCUUGUUCAAAGGAAGUUGACCAUAUAGAUCGCGAUUGAUCCCACACACUAAAAUAUAGGCUAUAGUACUCUUGUAAUUGGUCAUGUACAUUACAACAUUUUGUUGUAAGAGCACCAUGACGUUGUGGAUUAAGAGAGGAGUAGUGGAACCACCAAAGAUUGUUUGAAAUACUGAAGUUUAUAAUAAUAAUUAGUCUGAGUACACUACAGCACAUUAAAGAAUCGUUUAUCCCGAUGUCAUUUAUUCACCAUCAUUACCUGUAUAGCGUUCUUUCUUCUUUAGUGUUGUUUUGGACAUUUUUUUUAAAUGGCAUUUUAUAGUAGAAAGAAAGUCUUAUAGGUUUGAAACGGCGUGAGGGCGAUGAUGACAGAAUUUUCUGUUUUGGGUUAACUUUCCCUUUAAGACUUUAUCUUUCCUUGCUCAGUCACAAAGAUCCAGGAACAAUGACAAAAUUGAAGAAACGCAUUAAAAGGUCAUUUAAAAAUGUAUCCGAUUCAUGUAGUGACUCUACAUGUGAACACUAGCUGAUGAUUAAUGAGAAUCCAGUGAAUGCACGCUUGUGAGAAGAUUGAGGUCACAUUUACAUUUGGUUAUUUACAAAUUGAAGAUGAAUUGUAGAGAUUAAUUCUAGAAGCGGUAGCUGUUGUAUAUAUUUUGAGUUUAAAAAAAAAAUCAUUUUCUUUUAAUGAGGGCCUAAACUGUAACACUGCAACAAUAACUCUUAUUGUAGACAUGAAGGAAAAUUAAUGACCAUUAUUGACAGACAUAAUAUAAAAACACUACUAGAAUUUGUCUGUUUGUUUGUUUUUUUCCACCAGUAAAAUGUCUUUUUAAAAUUUUCUUCACAUAUGGAAACUGUUACUUUUUCAACAAAAAUAAUGACAAUCAGGUAUUGGAGCAAAGUAUGCACAAGCAUUUAAAUGAAUAGAUAAUAAAAUUGAGAGAAUAGUGUGCAUAGGUAUUGUAGAUAGUUGUUUAUCAUCCUCCGUGCAGUGAAACAACAGUUGAGGCUAGCGUUCCUACAAACAAACAAAAACUGCCUGAAUGCAGAACUGAAACAACACACUCUCCACAGUAUGCUACUUGAUUUGUGACCAACCACACAUUUUUUUUAUUUUGAUUCAUCUGCUAAUGUUUAUGACUAUUGACUGUUCAUAAAGAGGACACCACAAGCCUUAUUUGAUCGGAAGUGUGAAUGGAUGUGAGCAAAAUGGCGUAAUGCAUGACUUUCUCAAAAGAAUGAUUCAUGGAAUGUGUUGAAUAACUUGCAGAAAUGACUUCUCUGUUUUCUGAAUUAAUUACAUUCCCAUGGCCGAUCAGAGAGUGAUCUCUUGUGUGGUAAGAUAAUGAGCUGCGUUUUUUGUUUUGUUUCCAAUUUUCCAAAAGUAGUGCAAAAGGGUACAUUGUAUAUUAAUAUGGCUGUAAUCUUUUUCUCAGUCACUGUUUCAGAUCAUCUCUGCAUUGAACCUAAUGGAUUGCCCAUAUUCUGCUGUUGACUUAUUUUAAGCCUAACAGGUUUCUAAUUAAUCUUGCACUAAAUUUUUUACAUUUCUGUUACCAUCACUUCCUUUUUUUCAUCAUGUAGAUAGUUUAAAAAAAAUAUUUUAAAGGUGGAAUAAAAUAAGAGCAUGAAAAUUGUGCUCACUGCUGGUA